AUGAGCGAAUACAUAACCGACCAAGGCUCAGUCUCGCCGACGCCUCUACCUCAAAGAAAACAUAUCGUUUUGCCGGACCAUAUCGCUUUCAAGUAUCUUGAAGAAGAGCCCGUAGUGGCCGUCGUGCAGCCAAAGUGUGUGUUACAAGGAUACGAGCUCUACGUUGUUGAACAAUGGGCGUGCUCUCGACGGUCGCCUUCCCUAGUCAUCGCCGCAUAUACCGGGGAUCGAAAGCACUCCAUCAUUGUUGGUGUGCUAUCCGUCCCUGCCGACGAAAACACCUGGUCUCCCAGACUUAAAGUCUUCUUCAAGGCCCUCCAGCAGCACCAUGCGCGCCCGAAGCAGACACCCCUGGGUGAGCUCAUGGUGACCAACCUGAGCAGCUUCCCCUCUGCCCUCACGGUCAUCCCCGUACCCGAAGGUGAUAUUCGCAAGCACCAAAAGUCUUUCAUGGUCAAUGAGAACCUGAAGCGCAUGGGAUGCUCUGGUCGGUCCGGCUUAACGUUAACAGACCCCACACAAGCCACGCGAGCCAAGUUCUACCAGCUAUACAAACUAUGUCAGGUUGCCUUGUUCAUCUUCGGCAACCUAGAUCAGGAAUACACCGAUGGCCUCUUGUGCGAUGUGACGGAGACUGCCAUCAGAAAUUGGUGGACGACCAUAGGAACAGACUAUUACAACAUCGAGCCCACUGAUGGUAUACUUGGUCCAUCUACUGUCGCUGCACUCCUAGGCAUGCUAAUGGGUGCGAGACAUCGGCUUCAAUCCUCCGGCGCUACAGUCCCAAAAGACGUUUUCGAUAUUGACAUGACCCGACGGGCGAUAUCGCACUUUCAAAAAUACCAAAAAUUUGAGCGAACCGGCCGACUUGACCGCCAGACCCUGCUCAAGCUGCAGACUCUCACCAACAAGGCCGCUUCGGGGGAUGGUUGGGGUGUCCAGAAAGCCGUCAAAUCCACCAUGGCGGAGAUUGGUGGCAAGAGGGGCGAAAUCGUCAUGGGCAUGGUUUCCGGUCGAGACAAGGCAAGCAGAAUCAGCCAUAUCGAAACCGCGGAUAUCGACCGCUUCAUAUCUCUAGCCUCCGGUGAACGCGCAAAGUGGCUCUGGCAUGGAAAGCCCCGACGAGCCGGCCUAGAUACCCCCGCUGCCUAUGACGACAUCGCCGGCAUGCUCGCUCGCCAGGAUACGCGAAGCUCCAGGACGGCCUACUCCCUCCCUGUAGAGGAGGAUCCGGGGCGCCUCAAGAGGGAGGAGACCCCUCUAGCUCCCACUUCCCAGCCCGCCUCUGCCCCUCCGAUUGGCAAUACCGAUAGCCCCGGCGACCGAGAUCGAGACAACAUUGGCAAGGCGGUUUUCAAAAGCGUGGCAGGCAAGGUCAGCGACGCCCGAAGCGGCCUCGGCCGGAUCAAGGAUACAAUCGGUGGAAGCCGAAAGACCCACAGCACGAGGCCUUCCAUGGUCCACGGCGACUUCCUUGAGAGUGGAAUCAUUAGUCCCGGCCUUAUGGGGCCUCGCCCCUAUCGCCACCUUUUGCGCCAGCAGCUCGGCGAAAAUGGCCACGUUGAGUACAAUCCUGCGGCCAUCCGAAGUCAACCGCCCCAUCAGCCUCCCAGCGCAAGGAAACCUGCGAACGCAAUCAACAAUGGCCUCGAAGUUAAUCUUGAUGACAUCGCAGAUGCUGUGAGGAGAGAUGUUGUUGAGGGCACAAUAUCAGUGCCAGGCUCGGUGGCAGGAGAAUGCGACUUACUGGGUCCCCUGCUCAUGGCUGAGCGCGCCAGCGGCCAACCGCUGUGCAACCUCCACCGGCGGCACACGGUAGAGCUUGCGCGGCCCACCAUGAUGAGAGCACCCAACGAAUACAAGUGGCCCCGGCGCCUGUCUUUUGGGGAUGCCGAAGAGGCUAUACUCCGGUGGGAGGAAAUAGUUGACAUCAUUGACCUCGAAAACAUGCUCAGUGGUAGCGAGGCGGAGCUGCCACGGAUAGGUUUUCUUGAAGAGCUGGCCCGGGGCUUAAACCAGAAGAUCAUCGACAUCAAGCGCGACAUAGAACCGUGGGCUGCGCAGAACAUUAAGGCUGUAGAGGCACUCGAUGGACGGUUCUCGCACCACCAGGAGGAUCUACAAGUGCUCACCGCACAACUCGCCGAGGUUUCACGCAACGUUAGCCAGGCAUCGUCCGAGCUCAUAGGAACAGAACGCGCAAGCUUGAUGAGAGGUCUGAAGGAGGUGGAGAUGCUGUUAGCCCGGCUCGAGUAUGAGAUGAACGCCCUAGCAUCCAAAGUUGACGAUGUCGAAGAGGGCGUAGUGGCCUACGAGAGGCAGGUCGAGGAUGUGGAGAGGCGCGUGGAGGAGCUCAAGGCACAACUAGAGACGGAGAGCUGGCUGCAUUGGUUCGUCAGGACAUUAACAGGCAUUGGGACGGGGCCAAACAUUACCAGGGAGCUCAGGGCGCAGUGA